GUUUCUUGUCACGAAACAAAAAUAAAAUAAAAUCCGGAGCCAAGAUUGAGCAAUUUGCAGGAAAAAUUAUAUGUUUGUGCCAUUUUACACCAUUUCUUGAUGAAAGUGGGAUUCCUAAAAGUUGAAGAAAGCACUUAGGAUCAAAAUCCCUCACUUUGCGAAUGGAAAAUACAACAAAUUCAUCAACUUUUUGGUUGUGGGGACUGCACCGACGCCUCGAUUUUGAAUUUCAACAAACUCCAUUCAUUUUAUUCUUCUUCUUCUUCUUCAAUUUGUUCAUUUCGGUUCACGGAAGAUGUUUAUAUAAGGGAAGAAUUGACUGCUUCAGCAUUAGAACGAGACGCGCGGUUUUUCCCAAUUUGAGUUGAGGGAAUCUUCGUUAUGCCUUUACAUUAGGGUUCGGAGUUUUGAUUUUCUUUCUCGAGGUUGAUACUCGAUUCAGGAAUGUGAGUGCCCUUUGAAGAAAUUUAUGUUACAUCGUCGAGGCUCCUUUCACAGAGUACUGUACUAUGCUUGAUUUCCAUUAAUGGCUGCUCAUUCCUUGACGCGGAAUCUUCGAUCGUCUGAUCUUCAUAUGCAAUCCAUCCGUCCUUCUCAGCCACCGCUGUUCGAUCGAAGCUUUCGAGGAAACAGAUGCACUCGAUUUGGUCUCAAAGCUUGCGGUCAAUCCCCCAAAGAUAAUUGCAGUAGCAGCUCGUUAGGGAUCAAUGCUAAGGGCCCGACACUUGUUCGUCGUCCACUGGUGCUUAACAACGUCGAGGUUGAUUUAGUAGAUGGAAUUGAUGGCAGAUAUUCUACCACUGUUCAUGGGGAGACCCAAUGGGGAAAUCCUUUAACGUUCCAUGACCUCUCUUCCAGGGACAAACUUGUUGUUGCUGUUGACAUCGAUGAGGUUUUGGGAAACUUUGUCUCAGCUCUUAACAAGUUCGUUGCUGAUCAAUAUUCUUCUAAUCAUUCGGUUUCGGAGUAUCACGUCUAUGAAUUCUUCAGGAUAUGGAAUUGCUCUCGUGAUGAAGCUAAUAUUCGAGUUCACGAGUUCUUCAAGACACCAUAUUUCCAGUCUGGAAUCUGGCCUAUUCCCGGUGCACAGAGUAUGCUUCUCAAGUUAUCGAGAUUCUGUCAUCUUUCAGUCGUAACGUCUCGGCAAAACGCAAUCAAAGAGCACACGCUUAAGUGGAUCGAUAGGCACUAUCCGGGACUGUUUCAGGAGAUUCACUUCGGAAACCACUUUGCUCUGGAUGGAGAGUCCAGAUCAAAGGCAGAAAUAUGCAAGUCUUUGGGAGCAAGCGUGCUAAUUGACGAUAACCCAAGAUACGCAAUCGAAUGCGCCGAAGCGGGGAUUCGAGUUCUACUUUUUGACUACGAGAAUUCAUAUCCAUGGUGCAAGACUGGGUAUGAAGAUCUGCCUGCCUUGGUCACCAAAGUUCACAACUGGGAGGACGUGGAGCAGCAGUUAACCUCAUGGGUUCGUUCUUCCUAGGCUUUUAGAACAUAUUAUUACUUAACACUAGUGUGAGUGAUUGAGUUGGUAGCCAAAUAGGAGGAAUAUGCUGUUUUAUUUGCUCGAUUCUGGCAAAUAUGAGUCAGUAGUAGUAGGAACCUUAACCCAACUUUCAUUAUCCCAUAAUUUAAUUUCUUUUUAAAUGUUAAUCUUC